CAUUACCCACCAGAUCAGUCCCAUCCUCAUCUUUGAGUUUUGUACACUUAUUUGUUUUGCACUUACAUACCCCAUAUUUAUCUCACCCCCUCAUUUCUAUCUUUCCCUCUCCUCCUUUUCUUCUUUCCCACUGAAUUGGCUUUUCCUAACUCCUUCUCCUCCUUCUCCUUCUUCUGUUUGUCUUUGUGCUAAAAAUUUCUGAUGCACACAAUUCCUUCCUGAUCUGCAUAUAGCUACAUAUAUAGCUUGCUACCAAAUACAGCCUGCUGCUUCAUCUUCUUUAGUGAAAAAGAGGGUUUUCUUUGUCCGGCGAUCCGCGAAUCUCGGCUAAAAUGUCAAUGGAUAUCACAUCUGAACGAGUUUGCUAUGUGCACUGCAAUUUCUGCAACACUAUUCUAGCGGUUAGUGUUCCAUGCAGCAGUAUGUUCGCCAUUGUUACGGUGAGAUGCGGGCAUUGUGCAAAUUUGCUGUCGGUUAAUGUGGGAGCGUUGCUUCAGACUCUUCCCACACAAGAUCUCCAGUUGCAGAAACAACAGAUCAACAAUGAAGAUGCUACUAAAGAAAGUGGCUCUUCUUCCAAAUGCAACAAGUUUACUCCAUUCGACUCUGCUGAGCAUGAUCAGCCAAGAAUCACUCCCAUUCGUCCCCCAGAGAAAAGACAAAGGGUUCCUUCUGCAUAUAACAGAUUUAUCAAGGAAGAGAUACAAAGGAUAAAGGCCAGCAAUCCUGAAAUUAGCCACCGGGAAGCUUUUAGCACUGCAGCAAAAAAUUGGGCACAUUUUCCUCAUAUCCACUUUGGACUCAAGGUUGAUGGCAACAAACAAGCCAAUAAGUUGGACCAUCCAGAUGCAGGAGAUCAAGGGACUCAGAAAUCUCGUGGGUUCUACUAAGCUUCAUAUUAUAUCAUCCUACAAUGGAGAAAACAGACGAGGAUGCUAAGUGAUCAGUGUUGUUGUUGUUGUUUUUUUUUUUUUUUUUUUGUUUUCUUUUUCCCCUCACGUUACUCUAUACUGAGUUUUGUGAAAAAUUCUUCCAACAAAUGGGAAGAACUUCACACAUACCUUAGUAUCCUUGUACUAUCUUUUCAAGUAUGAUCCUACGUAAGAAGGGAAGUGAAUUCCAUAUGUAGCUAAAAAAGUGACUUAUAUAUGUAGUCUAUAUACGUUUGAGAUCUUAUAUAUGCAUAUAUUCAAUGUAAUUACUUAUAUUUUCUGUAAUAAAUGAAGUUGCCUUCACUGCCAAA